CUAGUUACAUGUAAUACCUCAGCUUUGGAUCAUAACAAGCUACAUUGUGCUAGGUGGUUAUAGUUUUGCCAAAAGAAAUGACUGAUGAAACUUUAUCCCUGAAUAAUAUUGUGAGAGUAUGUUUUUGGAGCCAGCAUCCAAUGAUACUACUACCUUCUUUAUCUGUAUGCAGAUUGGGAACUGUGUUGGUGCAGGAAAUCACCGAUGCUUCAUCUUCUUCCUCAUGUCGACAGUGAUCAGCACCAUAUAUCUUUCUGUCAUGUCCGCAUAUGCAGCAAUUUGUAUCUGGCCAUCGCUAAGAUUAAAGUCUCCUACCCUUUUGACCAGGCUUGUUAACCACGAGUCGGUUUUCAACACAGUGAAGGAAAUUAUUCUUGCCUUUUUGAGUUCUACAGUGUUUCUAUCCGCAAGAGGCCUAUUUCUUGUUUAUCUGUCCAUUGCUAGUGCUUCGGUGGAGAUAGGAUUAGGUGUGCUUUUGUGGCAGCAGCUCGGCUAUAUAUACGAGGGGAAUACUUACCUAAGUCAUUUAAGUUUACAGGGAAGUGAUGGAGGUGGGGAAGGAGAUUGCAAGAAUCUGAUUCGGUUUUUUGGUUGCCCAUAUUUCACGUCAAGAUAUCUGCCAACCUUUCGGAACUCAAAAAAGAGCCACAAGAAGUGAAAUAGGAAGAGUGAUAGUUUACUUCUCUUUUUUGUUUACUUUUUUCCCCAUUUUGAAAGUGUCAUGGGGUUGCAAGUUUUUCAAUCAAAAUUGUUACGAUAGUGAUAGAGCGUAAACAGAUGUUUAGAGAAAUUGAUUGAAAUAUAUAUAUAUAUAUAUAUAUA